UACAUCCUCUGAGCUUCGUCAUCAAACUGGGUCUUAUGGAGAUGCUUUUGUUUCGCACGAAAAGCGAUUUGACGAUAAGGUUAUCAGCAAGUGGAAGGCUGUUCUGAAGGAGGUUGGCGAUCUAAAAGGAUGGGACAUUAAUUCAAUGCCCACUAGACGUGAAGGAGAGCUUGUAAAACUUAUUGUCCAGAAGGUCCUAGCUGAGUUGAAAAGUUCUUAUCUGCCGGUGACUAACUACUUGGUUGGCAUUGAACAUCAUGUGAAGGAAAUCAAUAGAAUGGUAUGUGACGACUCGAAGGACAUUCAAAUUGUUGGAAUCCAUGGUAUGGGGGGUGUUGGAAAGACUACUCUCGCCAAAAUCAUAUACAACCAGCUAUCACAUUGUUUUGAGGGCAGGUGCUUUCUUUCUAAUGUCAGAGAAACUUCACAGCUAAAGGGCAUUGAGUGUUUGCAGAAUCAACUAAUCUCUGACGUCCUAAAAAUAAAGGAGUCAAACAUUAGCAAUGUUGAGGAAGGAAUUAAGAUGAUAUAAAAAAGGUUAUGCGAUAAAAAGGUUCUGGUGCUACUUGAUGAUGUGGAUCAAAUGACUCAUUGGGACGCAUUGAUAGGGAAACCUGCAUGGUUUGGUCUAGGAAGUAGGAUUAUCAUAACUAGUAGAAAUAGGGAUAUUGUUGAUGUUUCUAAGGUUUGUUAUCCAUAUGAGCUUAUGAGCAUGAACUUCAAUCUAUCUCUUCAACUUUUUUGCCAAUAUGCUUUUGGAAGAGAUUACCCUUCAGACGACCAUGUUGCUUUCUCCACAGAAGUGGUCAAAAGUACCGGAGGACUUCCUCUUGCUCUUGAGGCUAUAAGUAAACUACUUCCGCACAGAAGCAAAGAUGUUUGGGAUGUGAUAUUGAAGAAGUUGAAACAAGUUCCUCUCAAUGAAGUAAAAAGAAAGUUGAAAACAAGUUAUGAUGCCUUGGAUGAUUGGCAAAAGCGUAUCUUUCUUGAUAUAGCUUGUCUUUUCACUGGAUUUGAUCGAAGGAUGGUGCUCCACUUAUGGAAAGAUUCCAAUCUCUUUCCAGAGGAAGGUCUGGAGGUCCUUCAGAAAAUGUCUUUGAUAAAAAUCACAGAAGACAAUAAGAUUUGGAUGCAUGAUCAGCUAAGAGGCCUCGGUAGAGACAUUGUUCGUCAAGAAUGCAAUGAGGAACAAGAAAAGCAUACUCGUUUUUGGAACCAUGAGGAAGGUUUGGAGGUGGCAAUGGAAAUGGAGGGAACCAAAAAAAUCGAAGCCCUUUGCCAAAAGUUUGACCCUCAGUUGCUAUACUAUAUUGCAAACGAAGAAGCUGAGAGGUUGCCUGAUCUAAGAUACCCUGAAGUGAGGGUUUUCCGGGAUAACUGUCCUUCAAAUGAUUUCCAAGCCAAUCUACAAAACAACACGUGUAUGCUUUCCAAGUUGAGAUGCCUUUCGUGGCAUCAUUUUCCCAUAGAAGUUAAGAUCACCAAUUUUUCCAUGAUGAACAUAGUCAUUCUGCAUUUGGGGCACUGCCCUAAUCUAACUGAUCUUCAAAGCAUUGAAGGCUUGGUGAGUCUCAGAAUUUUGAAGCUCAUAGAGAUUCUGCCACUGGAGAGAUUACCUGAUCUAUCAAACUUGAAGAAGCUCAGUAAACUGCAACUGGGGCGCUGCCAUAAUCUAAUCGAUGUGCAAAGCAUUGAAGGCUUGGGUAACCUCAAAACUUUAAAGCUAACAGAAAUUCCGCUACUGAAGAGAUUACCUGAUCUUUCAUAUUUGAAGAAGCUUACAGAACUUCACUUGCGUUACUGUCAUGGUCUGAUUGAAAUCAAAAGCUUUGAGGGUUUGGAGAAUUUGAUGAUAUUAAUGAUGGAUGAACUUCCUCUACUUGAGAGAUUGCCCAACUUAUCAAAGUUGAAGAAGCUUACACAACUUUACCUACGACGAUGUCAUAAUCUUGUGAAGAUUCAAGGAACAUUGGAGUCAUUGGAAGACUUGUGUAUACAAGGAUGCAGAUCUUUAGACGAGGUGCUUGAUCCAACUUCGAGUUUCAAGAAACUGAGAUCUUUGCGAAUACAUGAUUGCAAAAAGUUACAUCUUGACAGGAUAUGGGUCCCAAAAUUCAAAAUAUCCGAUAGAGUACAUAUAAAUUCGACAUGUUGGCGACUGAGUAACAUAGGCAUUUGCGUUUGUAUGCUAGGUAGACAGUUCUUUUUGCCAUCCCUUCCAUAGUGAGGAUAAACAGAUAUACAAUGUACACAUUGUAUCAAAACAAGAGUUGAUCAUGUCAUCCUCUUGUCAUUACAAUCUCAGUGGAAUUAGAUUAUCUACAAA